AAACAUAGCUAAGAAAAUUUAACUUCUUGUUCUUGCAGAAGAAUGUGUUGGUUCAAAUGCCCAUUAAUUGCAUUGGCUUGGAUUUCGUUUUGAAGCAGCUUCAACUAGUUGCAUUCUUUAUGCUUAAAAUAGUGUCUUGAAAAGGGAAGCAGGCUUCACAAUGAUCAAAAACAACCUAUUACAUCUGCAUAUCUGUAUGCAGAGAACUAAGGGUGGCAAUUCGUGUUCGCAUAUUGGGUUUGGGUCGUGUCGCGGAAAUUCUCAAACAUUGCACAAUCAAAACCCCAGCAAGACCAUACUAGAGCAGAAGACGGUGGUGGGUAGUGGUGGUGGUGCAAAGGAUCCCAACCAUAUUACGAUGACUCCAACUGUUUCUGCUGCAGCUGGGUAUAAGUGGCGUUUGGUUAUAGCAUAUGAUGGAACCCAUUAUGCAGGUUGGCAAUAUCAGCAGUCUCCACCCACAAUACAAUGCACAUUGGAAAAGGCUUUAACUCGAGCAACCAAGUUGGAAAGGAAGGAUCUUGUUUUGGUUGGUGCAAGUAGAACUGAUAGGGGAGUUCAUGCCUGGGCUCAGGUGGCACACUUUGUUACACCUUUCAACUAUGAUAACUUGGCAAGUAUUCACGCAGCUUUGAAUGGUCUUCUUCCCUCCGAUAUCAGAGUUCGAGAGAUUAGCCCUGCAGUGCCUGAAUUCCAUGCUCGUUUCUCAGCAAAAAGCAAGGUUUAUCACUACAAGAUAUAUAAUGACUCCAUCAUGGACCCAUUUCAGCGUCGCUAUGCUUAUCACAGUAUCUAUAAACUUAAUACUGUCGUCAUGAGAGAGGCUGCAAGCUAUUUUGUUGGAAAGCAUGACUUCUCUGCUUUUGUUAAUGCAUCUCACAACGAUGGAGUGCCAGAUCCAGUGAAGACUAUAUUCCGGUUUGACGUCAUUGAAAUGGGAGCUCUUUUGCAGUUAGAAGUUGAAGGUUCAGGUUUCUUAUAUAGACAAGUGCGGAACAUGGUUGCUCUGUUGCUGCAAAUUGGGAAGGAAGCACUUCCUCGUGAUAUUGUUCCCAUGAUUUUGGCAAGUCGAGAUCGCAAGGAGCUUGCUAAAUAUGCGUUGGCUGCACCACCUCAUGGGCUGUGUCUUGUAACUGUUAAGUAUAGUGAAGAGCACCUACGGCUACCAUCAGGUUGCCCCAAUACCAGUUUUGGUAGGCAUCAUACUGUAAGCAAAUGUAAGCUUCCAUUUUACUAAAAAUCCAAUUGCACCAAAAAAGGAAAAGAGGAGAGAUUGUUCAAGGAAUUGUGCAUCCACUUUGUCACUUAAGCUCCCAUUUUACUAUAUAUCCAAUUGUACCAACACAGAAAAAGAAGAGAGAUUAUUUUAAGGAAUGGUACAUGCCUUUGUAACUUUUCAA